CGCCGGUUCCACCUGCCGACGCGCGACGACCCGACGAUCGCAGCGACUGUCGCGGACGCCGAAGUCGUCGAGAAGAGAAAGCUCGAGGCCGUGACAUCGGAGCUCGUCGCGCUCCAACAAGCCAAUGUCUCGGGCAAAGUGUACUCGGCUUUUCGGGAUCAGCUCGGCACAAUUGAAGCCAGCUUGGUCGCUGCCCGCGCCAAGGUCGUCGAGUUCGAUGCGUUUCAUAAGCGCUAA